GUGAACCGAUGUAAACGAUUCACCUUUUUUACCCCCCUCUUAUAGCGUCGCCGGUACUACCGUUAGGAACGUCCACCAGGUCACUUGUAUUCGUACUCAUUUUCCAUCCGGGUACCACUUCAAAAUCAACGAUGGAAAUUUUUUUAAUGUUGUACGCCGUUUUUGUAACUAUUUUGUUGCUUUUUUACGUGUUUUUCGAUGUGAAUUACUUCAUAAGGAUUGCUGCUACCAUUCUGUGGGGGCGAGUAUUUGAUAAAACUAAAAAUGUUGAUGAACAAACCGAGAUUUAUGGCAUUUGUACAACGCAAGACGUCGACAUUUUUUUCAAACACAUGAACAAUGCGCGUUUCGUCAGAGAUUUGGAUUUUGCCCGUUUCCAUUUCUACGACAAAACCGGCAUCUACGCGGAAAUUGUUAAAGCUAAAGGACACGUGCUUCAAACCGCUUCCAAUAUCCGAUAUAGACGGACUAUACCUUUGAUGAGGUCUUACAAAAUUACCACAAAGAUCGUUUUCUGGGACGAGAAAACGCUAUUCAUCGAACAUCAGUUCAUCACUUUAGCUGAUAAUUUUAUUAGUGCGGUGGUACUGAGCAAACAAAGUACCAUUGGAUUGGACGUACCGAAAAUAAUGAGCAAGUUGAACGGUAAAGAUGUUUCUUACAGGCCCACUCCUCCUCCCGAACUCGAAGACUGGCUCAAAUCGAAUGAAAAGUCCAGCAAGAGAUUGAGAAUGAAGAAGUCUGACUAAGGAACAUCUAUAAUUUAUGUUUAAGCAGUAAAAAUAAGUCCAAAAUUGACUUGCCAUUUAAAACCCCUAUAUAGAGGCUAAUAAAUAUUUAUUUCACCAAGCA